AUGAACGAAGCUGAACGAUCCCUAGUGGCCAAGUUUCGUGAGAUGGCUCAUGCUAUGCCACAUUUGAAGUACAGUCCAAAGGAGAUAGUAUCGUUGUGUUAUUCUAUAGGUGAUGCGCAAAUUGUUGUUUCACGCCUUGAAGAGUUUAUAAGACACGUGUGGCCGUCGAGUCGAUUUUAUAUAGUUGAGAUCAUCACAUUACUGUGCGAUCCCAAUUCGUCGCAAAACGUUUCAUUUUCGCGACGGGUGUCUGUGAGAUUAUCGUUUCGUAUUAUGGAAAUUAUGGGGAUGGUAGCGGUGUGUCCCGACAAAGACAAACGGGGGAUACUCCAAGACGUCAAAUUGUGGAGAACGGCGGGUGUCUUUGAAGAAGCGGUUUGUGACGAAAUCAUCGCGAUGAUCACUUCAUCAUUUUAUAAGGGAGAUUGUCAUUUACGGAAAGAAGAUGUCAUAGAUUUGGACUCUGAAGAGGAAUCGAAUGGAACAUCACUCAGAAAUACAAAGUCAAAUGGUGUAAGAUAUGCCCCACGGAGAAGUAGAUCACAAAGUCCAUUACAUGUAGAUGAACAAAGACGAAGUCGGUCAAGGCAAUCCGCACGAUCGCCACAACGAAGAAUCCUCGGACGUCCCCACAACGAAGUCCAAGAAGGUAUCCGCAGCAACGGAAUGGAAGAAGUCCUUCACGAAGUCCUUUGCGGGAUUCUUUUGAAAGCCAUACAUUUGAGAGUAAAAAAGGGUGUCGAGAUGAGCAGAGACAUUAUAGUAGUAAAGAUCAAAGAGAAUCAAAAGAGUCGAAGGACUAUAGAAGUUCCACCCCAAGUGAUCAACACACCCAAAGAGAUUGUAACGACUCACAAACUACUGUAA